AUGGCCGACCGCCCUGAACCUCUCCGCUUGGGCUCAAUUGCCCCCAAUUUCCAAGCCCAAACCACCAAAGGACCCAUUGACUUCCACGAGUUCAUCGGCGACAACUGGGUCGUUCUCUUCUCGCAUCCGGAAGAUUUCACUCCCGUCUGCACGACCGAGUUGGGUGCCUUUGCAAAGCUGGAACCCGAGUUCAACAGAAGAGGCGUCAAAUUGAUUGGGCUUUCGGCCAACACCAUUGACAGUCACGGAGAAUGGAUCAAGGACAUCAAUGAGAUCAGCGGCAGCAAUUUGAGCUUCCCCAUUAUUGGAGACAAGAACAGACAGAUCGCGCUUCUCUAUGACAUGAUUGAUCAUCAGGAUGCCACCAAUGUGGAUGAAAAGGGCAUUGCCUUCACCAUCAGAUCCGUCUUCGUCAUUGACCCCAAGAAGGUCAUCCGCACCAUCCUGUCCUACCCUGCCUCGACCGGCCGCAAUACUGCCGAAGUUCUGCGGAUUGUCGACUCCCUGCAGACCGGUGACAAGCACAAGGUCACCACCCCAAUCAACUGGGUGCCAGGUGACGACGUGAUUGUCCAUCCCAGCGUCAAGACCGAGCAGGCGAAGGAGAUCUUCCCCGAGAUGAAAAUCAUCAAGCCUUACCUGCGAACCACACCUCUUCCCAAGGAGAAGACUAGUGCUGCUUAG